GCUUAUUCUCAACCUUAAGCACACGGUUCCCACCUCAGCUCAGCCCUGGGCUCCUUAGGCGAGGCUAAGCGCCCCGUUUUGCCCAUGGUCGUCCGCCGAAGAUGCCGCCAGAUUCAGCCCCGGUUCCAGGAGUUGCAGGGCGUGAAUAUUGAAGUGAGUUGACUGCAGAAAUCUGCUGGACCUAGGCGAGACGCUCGCCUCUCCCAGUCAUGAAGAUCUCGCGAAUCGCUUUACCCACUCUGAGAUAAGAUUGAGAACAAGCCGUAGGCUGGCUUCACGUACAUACCUCCUGUACGUUCAGAUGAGCUACGCAACUGAGACACAGGAAAACCAGGGAAGUUGGUGCAAAGGAUGCUCCAGAAACAACCGCCUGUUCGUCCCACCGGUGAGAUCAAGCCAGACACCGCGUUCGCCGAACUCUUGUUGUUGUUGUUGUCGGUUGGACGCGUCUCGGUCUCGCACCCAGAACGAUGAUCCCCUCGGCGGCUUCCCUUUUGGUUUCUCUGCCGGAUCGCAAUCUCCCCUCAAGCCCAACAAUUGCAUUGCCUUCCGCACCAUUGCCAACAGCAACCAUCCGGGCUGGCUGAGCUGUGAGCGCUACGAACCGCCACGACUGUAAACAUGGCGGCGACGCCGUUCUGAGGACACCAACUCCAUUUCUUGACACUCGAGGGCGAUGGAUCACAACAACAGUCGAAGAAAGAAGGCUAUAUGACGUCUAACGAUCCAUGAAGGGUGUGACAUUUCGGGAUUCGAUCUUGACAGAAACGGGAUUGGGGUUUGAAGGGCACUUGAAGGGUGACAGCCGACAAACAGCUGCCCGUGCGUGCGCGCACUGACCGCCACCAGUACCACAUAGCGCUGACUAACCAUUACUGCACUGCGGUUUCAACAACUUCGCCGUAUGCAUUCUACCGCAGAGCAUGUCCCCCGCCAGACACAACGACGUCGAACCGAGGGACUCGGAUGCAGUGGCUGAUCAGGCCCGAGGAUCUGACUGUAUGCCGGAACCUCCUCUCCGCACCAUUGGCACUGCUUGUCGUUGACUGAACAUCACUCGAUGUCCGGCUGUAGGACAAUGUAAGUGUUUUAUGACUCGCCAUGCCCUGAGCGCAAUAAUGUCUACCUAGUAAGUGAGAGAGCACAGGUAUAAUCCUCUGUGGCAGCCUUAUUACGAGGCAUCUACUAUAUCUACACCCUUUACUUCUGAAUUUCACCAUACCCUCUGUUUCGCGACCAUGAAUUUCGACAUCCCUUCCGACGUACAGUCGUACCUCACUCGCCUCGACGACUUCAUCAAAGAAAAGAUCCUCCCGCUGCAGCACAAGGACGACAACAACCGGUUCUUCGACCACCGGCGUGAAUCCUCGCGGACACAAUGGACCAACCAAGGGCUCCCAACCGACGACUGGGAAGACCUGCUUCGACAAGCGCGCCGGCUGGCCGACGAAGCAGGCUUCUACCGAUUCAGUUUCCCACAGGAAUACGGCGGGUCAGGCAGCCCGUCGCAGAACCUGUACAUGUGCGCGAUCCGAUACCAUCUGGCAUCUCAUCCAAUAUACGGGGGCGGACUGAGUCUCGCGAAUGACCUGCAGAACGAGCACAGCGUCGUGGGCAACAACCCGAUCGUCAUCAUGUUACACCACUACGGCACGCGGGAGCAGCAGGAGACAUUCAUCCCGGCCAGCAUCCGCGGCGAGUUCCGGGCGACGUUUGGCCUGACCGAGAUCCACCACGGGUCCGAUGCCACACACAUGGACACGACGGCGCGACCGGUCACACUGGCCUCAGGCGAGCCCGGGUACGAGAUCAACGGGAACAAGAAAUGGCAGACGGGCAUGCACAGCGCGACGCAUUGUCUAGUGUUUGCACGCACUUCAGGCAAGGCUGGCGACGCAAGGGGGAUUACGGCCUUCAUCGUCCCACGAGACACGCCAGGAUUGACCGUGGCCUCGUACGAAUGGACCCUCAAUAUGCCCACGGACCAUGCCACGGUGCUUUUUGAGAAUGUCCGCGUUCCCGCCUCGGCCAUCUUGGGCCCUGUCGAUAAUGGUCUAGCUAUCGCCCAGACGUUCACUCAUGAAAACAGAAUUCGGCAAGCCAGCUCCAGCUGUGGUGCUGCACGGUAUUGCAUUGACCGCAGUGUCGAGUAUGCCAAGAAGCGCAAAGUGUUUGGCAAACCUUUGGCCGCGAACCAGGCCAUUCAGUGGCCUCUGGUUGAGCUGUCCACCCAGGCCGAGAUGUUGAGGCUGUUGAUCCUGCGCACCGCCGUCGAGAUGGACCAGGUCACGGCAAAGUGUAAAGCUACUGGCAAAGCGCCCUGGGUGGCCAUUGAGAAACAGUUGGGCCAUAAGAUCGGUAUGUGCAACUACUAUGCCAACCGGUUGGCCACUGAAGCCGCCGACCGGGCCAUCCAGAUCCAUGGCGGUGUAGGAUACUCCAGACACUAUCCGUUUGAGCAUAUUUGGCGACAUUUCCGACGGUAUCGAAUUACCGAAGGCAGUGAAGAGGUGCAGAUCAGGAAGGUGGCUGCGUAUUUGUUUGGGUACAAGACGACGGGAGAAGACGAACAGAAAGGGACAGAGGCCAGGUUGUAGCGCUUGUACUAUUUAUUCUGCUAGAAAAGAGUCUGGUUCAUCUCAACUAGUGUCAUGCCUGUUCAUGAUAUAUGAUUUUGUAUAUCUGCAGUGGCCCGAAUGUACAGCACAUGGAUGCAACACA